ACCACCUCCCUGGGCAGCCUGUGCCACUCCCUCACCAUUCUUUCUGAGAAGAAUUUUUCCUAAUAUUCCAUUACCUCCCAUCCUAUCACUGGAGAUUACACAUUACCUGAGAGAAGAGGCCAACCCCCACCUUGCUAUAACCUCCUUUCCUUGCUAUAACCUCACUGUAGAGCAAUAACAUCUCUGCUGAGCCUCCUCUUCUCUUGGCUGAACAAUCAAUCCAGUUCUCUCAUCUGCUCCUCGUAAGACUUGUGCUCCUUCACAGAGAAGGGCUGUGGACAUACUCCAGGGUGUCAAUGUCUUUCCUGUAGUGAGGGGCCCAAAAAUGAACACAGUACUCAAGGCGUAACCUUGGCAGUUGGUCUUGUUGUACCUCAUACAAUUGGCCACAGGCCAGCAAUCCAACCAGUCCACAUCCCUCUGUAGGGCCUUCCUACACCCAGCAAAUUGACACUUCCUCCCAUCUUGGUGUUGUCUGGGAAUGUACUGAAAAUGCACCCAAUCCCCUUGUUCAGUUUGUCAAUAAAGAUAUUAAACAGGACAGGUCCCAGUACUGACCCCUGAAGAACACUGCUCAUGACCUGUCGCCAUCUGGAUUGAGCUCCAUUCACCACCUCUCACAGUGCCAGUCAUCCAACCAGUCUUUUAGUCAGUGAAGAGUACAACUGUCCAAGCUAUAUGUUGCCACGUUCUUCAGGAUUAUGCUAUGCAGUGUCAACUAUAUCUACAUGAAGUAGGUACAGUUUCUGAGGCUUCAGGACAAUGGGCAUGGAUGGUUCUCUGCUUUCGUUUCUGCAGUCUGAAAACCCAGAGGAAUGAUAAAUGGUAAAUUUUAGUGUAUUAUCAUUUGUCUUCUGAGCUAGUAAUUUUGUCUUCUCUGUAACCUCACCACAGGUAGGGCACUUCUUCCAGCAUGUGAUAAGCAUUUAACUUUGCAGAAGAAGCUCAGAACCAUCCUGGAUUUUGGGGCACUAUUUGCAAAAAAAGGUGGUAUUACUACACUUGGGGCACUAUACUUUUUUGUGCUGGUCUUUAAGAGUUUGCCAAACUCUUAAAGUAGUCUUCAGCAGUACACUUUUCCUAGCGGUAAUGCAUAGACUUCAGUAAGUGCCCACUAGAAUUGCUGAGCCAUGUUUUCUUGAGUUUGUGGUUUGUGGAAGGAUUUUGGAAAACUUGAUUCUGACAUGUCUGGCAAAUCUGCAUGAAUUUACUGAAAAACUUGUUUUCCCCUCUAUAUACAGACCCUAAUAUGGUUAAUGCAGGAGAAAUGAAUGGUUCUGGCAACCUCAUGGAUUUUCUGGAUGAGCCUUUUCCUGAUGUUGGGACUUAUGAAGAUUUCCACACUAUUGACUGGCUGCGAGAGAAAUCGCGUGACACUGACCGCCAUAGGAAGAUUACAAGCAAAAGUAAGGAAUCCAUAUGGGAAUUCAUCAAGAGUUUGCUGGAUGCUUGGUCAGGAUGGGUUGUAAUGCUUCUCAUAGGACUACUGGCAGGCACGUUAGCUGGAGUGAUAGAUUUAGCUGUGGAUUGGAUGACAGACCUGAAGGAAGGUGUCUGCCUGUCUGCGUUCUGGUACAGCCACGAGCAGUGCUGCUGGACAUCUAAUGAAACGACCUUUGAUGACAGAGACAAAUGUCCACAGUGGCAGAAAUGGUCUGAACUUCUUGUAAACCAGUCAGAGGGUGCGAGUGCUUACAUUCUAAACUAUUUUCUGUACAUUCUAUGGGCUCUAUGUUUUGCUUUCCUGGCAGUCUCCCUGGUCAGGGUGUUUGCUCCCUAUGCCUGCGGCUCUGGAAUCCCAGAGAUAAAAACCAUCUUGAGUGGGUUCAUUAUUAGGGGCUACCUGGGAAAGUGGACACUUUUGAUUAAAACAGUCACCUUGGUUCUGGUGGUAUCUUCAGGCCUCAGCCUUGGGAAAGAAGGGCCCUUAGUCCAUGUGGCCUGUUGCUGUGGAAACUUCUUCAGCAGCCUUUUCUCAAAGUACAGCAAGAAUGAAGGAAAGAGAAGAGAGGUUCUUUCAGCUGCAGCAGCUGCAGGAGUUUCUGUUGCCUUUGGGGCUCCAAUUGGAGGUGUACUUUUUAGCCUGGAAGAGGUCAGCUAUUACUUUCCCCUGAAAACCCUCUGGAGGUCAUUUUUUGCUGCUCUUGUGGCUGCCUUCACACUGAGGUCCAUCAAUCCUUUUGGAAAUAGCCGACUGGUCCUUUUCUACGUGGAGUACCAUACCCCCUGGUACAUGGCUGAGCUCUUUCCCUUCAUUCUUCUUGGCGUCUUUGGUGGCCUCUGGGGGACCCUCUUUAUCCGCUGCAACAUUGCCUGGUGUAGGAGGCGAAAAACCACCAGGCUUGGGAAAUACCCGGUCCUGGAAGUCAUUGUGAUAACAGCUAUCACUGCCAUCAUCGCCUACCCCAACCCAUACACCCGGAGGAGCACCAGUGAGCUGAUCUCAGAGCUCUUCAAUGACUGUGGUGCUCUGGAGUCCUCCCAGCUCUGCGACUAUAUCAAUGACCCAAACAUGACACGGCCAGUGGAUGACAUUCCUGACAGACCUGCUGGACCUGGAGUCUACACUGCUAUGUGGCAGCUCGCCUUGGCUUUGGUGUUUAAAAUUGUCAUCACGAUAUUCACUUUUGGCAUGAAGAUUCCUUCAGGCCUUUUCAUUCCCAGUAUGGCUGUUGGAGCCAUGGCUGGCAGGAUGGUUGGAAUUGGAGUAGAGCAGCUGGCCUAUCACCAUCAUGACUGGAUCAUCUUCAGGAACUGGUGCAGACCUGGGGCAGACUGCGUCACACCAGGACUUUAUGCUAUGGUGGGAGCGGCUGCUUGCUUGGGUGGUGUUACUCGAAUGACGGUCUCUUUGGUGGUGAUCAUGUUUGAACUAACUGGAGGCUUGGAGUAUAUUGUACCUCUUAUGGCUGCAGCUGUCACAAGCAAGUGGGUGGCAGACGCCUUUGGGAAAGAAGGGAUCUAUGAAGCUCACAUUCAUCUGAAUGGUUACCCGUUUCUAGAUGUGAAGGAUGAAUUCACCCACCGAACUCUGGCAACAGACGUCAUGAGACCAAGGCGUGGUGAAGCUCCUCUUUCUGUUCUGACACAGGACAGCAUGACUGUGGAGGAUGUUGAGACAUUAAUCAAGGAGACUGACUACAAUGGCUUCCCAGUUGUGGUCUCAAAAGACUCGGAGAGACUUAUUGGAUUUGCACAAAGACGAGAGCUCAUUCUUGCAAUAAAGAAUGCAAGACAGCGUCAAGAUGGGGUGGUGAGCAACUCCAUUGUGUAUUUCACUGAAGAUCCUCCAGAACUGCCACCCAAUAGUCCCCAUCCUCUGAAGCUGCGGCGUAUUCUCAACCUGAGCCCUUUCACUGUCACUGACCACACACCGAUGGAGACUGUGGUAGAUAUCUUCCGGAAACUUGGACUCCGACAGUGUCUUGUCACUCGUAGUGGGAGGCUGCUGGGUAUCAUAACUAAAAAGGAUGUAUUACGACAUAUGGCUCAAAUGGCAAACCAGGACCCUGAAUCUAUCAUGUUUAACUAGACUGUUAAAGGAAUAAGAAAGUAAUCCCAAAGGAAUCCCUUCUAGAUUAACACAGAGGUGUUCAGUGUUUCUUUUUAUUUCAAAGGAAAAUGUAACGUGUAUGAGGAAUGGUCUAAUACGUCUCUGACAGAGGGCGUGGAUGCAGGAUGGCACUUAUUUAAUGAGGAAGGCAGUUUAGGAGCUCUGAGCAGCUGCAGACAUCAAGCUGUGUUUUCUUAAUGAGUUUCCAAACAGCUCAAUUGGUGCACUGGUGGGUGUAAGUGAUGUGGUGCUGAGAGACAAAGAGCCAGGAGCACCGGAGGGAUGCAUCAACAUUCACAGGAACUCAGGAGGCAGGUGUGAAGACUAGCAGACACUGUUUUUGUAUAAACUGUUAACAAAGAUUUGUGUUCCAAACUAGAGAGUGUGUACGAGCAACGUCAGUUGUUUUUAUUACUGAAACCAUGGCUAUUUAUUUGCUAUUGAUUUAUACCAUUUUCAUGAGGAAAAAAAGAAAGUCAUAUUUUAAAGUCAAACAUUUUGUCACCUUCACUUUUUUUUGUAAAAGUUAAGUAAAUUCAGGACUGAAAUUAAAGGAGCAAGAGCACAUUUCAAUUCACUUUAAAAUAUAGUGGUUGCUGCUCCCCUCUUUAGUCCUUUGAAUUUUACAAUUUAUAUAUCUAUACAGUUUAUAAGUAUACAGUUCAAUAUUUCUGUCAAUCAGCUUUUCUUUAUUAAUGUGGAAAUGUGACUUAUUUCUAAGGAGCAUGAGAAAAAACUUCUUUACUGUGAGGGUGAUGGAGCACCAGCACAGCUUGCCCAGAAAGGCUGUGAAGUCUCUUUUCUUUGGAGAUAUUCAAAACCCACUCGGAUGUGAUCUUGUACAAUGUGCUUGAGCAGGGGGAUUGGAAUAGGUGAUCUUUAGAGGUCCCUCCCAACCUCAGCCAUUGUGUGUGUGUGAUUUCCUAUUUCUCUAUGCAAUUUUGCGUAUAGAUACUGUAAUACUUGGUAUUAUGUGGUUUGCUGUGACAAUAGAAAAAAGCAUGAGAGCAAGAGAAGGAAUUUUAAAAGGCACAAAAGGGAGAAUGGUGUCCAGCUCUCAUCAGUGCUGGUGACAAGAGAUUGAAUACUUCACCUGUCAC